CCAGCAUGAAUGCGAAGCUGAUUUCCUGACAAAUAAUCUUGAGGCUGCAAACUUAUACGGUGCAAAAAACAAAAGAUUUUUCUUCUAGUCUUCUAGAGAGCUGAAUAGUCUUCUUCACCCUCAUCACCAUCUUCGUUUGGGUCUGCUUUGAUAGAGUUGUGUGAGAAAGGAAAUCGUAUGUUGAAGAUGAGCAUCUAUGGUGUCACUAUGUGAAGGUUAAAGAUGCAAAGGGUGAGGGUAUCGUCUCAACAAUCUCCGGUGCAUAAACUGGGGGAUUCCCAUAUGAUGUUGUCCCCGAAAUUUAGGAUAGCGGGGGUAGGUUCCACUCUGCUAGAUCCUUCGUUGGACAACGAAUUGGCUAUGAGGGGAGAGCCUCUAAUUCCCGGGAUCCCGGAUGAUGUUGCGCUCAAUUGCCUCCUUAGGGUUCCGGUUGAUAACCAUCUUAGGUGUAGGGCUGUGUGUAAGCGUUGGUAUUUGCUUUUUGGCAAUAAGGAGAGGUUCUUUUCUCGGAGAAAAGAGCUCUCGUUUCAUAAUCCGUGGCUUUUCGUGUUUGCCUUUCACAAAUGCACUGGGAAAAUUGAAUGGAAGGUUUUUGAUCUCACCAGUUUUUCUUGGCACACCAUACCCGCGAUGCCUUGCAAGGACAAGGUCAUACCCCACGGGUUCAGGUGCAUUUCGAUGCCUCACGAGGGUGUUAUGUUUGUUUGCGGUGGGUUAGUCUCUGAUACCGAUUGUCCCCUUAAUUUGGUACUGAAGUAUGAAGUUGGGACUAAUCGCUGGACUGUCUUGAAAAGUAUGAUUACCCCGAGGUCGUUUUUUGGCAGUGGAGUUAUAGACGGGAUGGUUUAUGUUGCUGGAGGAAACAGUUCGGAUCUUUUCGAGCUCAACUCAGCCGAAGUCCUGGACCCUUAUAGCGGGACAUGGCGAUCAGUUUCCAAUAUUGGAAUAUACAUGUCCUCGUACGAUGCAGCAGUCCUGAACGGGAAGCUUUUCAUAACCGAGGGCUGGUUUUGGCCCUUCUAUGUAGUUCCUCGGGGGCAAAUAUACGACCCGAAAACAGACAACUGGGAGGGCAUGCCUUCCGGGCUUCGAGAAGGCUGGACUGGCUCGAGCGUCGUGAUUGAUGGGCACUUGUUCGUCGUUUCAGAGCACGAGAGGGCAAAAGUUAAGGUCUACAACUUCGAGACGGAUAACUGGGACAUGAUCGAUGGACCCCCAUUGCCCGAGCUGAUAUGCAAGCCUUUCUGUGUCAACUGCUGUGGCAACCGGAUCAUCGUCGUAGGGCAGAACCUUAACAUCGCGGUGGGACACGUCACGAGGCGCCAGCAAAGCGAAAUGUCGAACUUUAAUGUUGAAUGGGAAGUCAUGGAUGCACCUGAUAGCCUAUCUGAACUAUCACCAUCAAGUGCACAGGUUCUCUUUGCUUAGUGUCUCUUCAACUGUAAUAUAUGAUCUCAGAGAGUUUAGAAUGAGAGUUUUUAGAAGAGUACUUUGAGGAUAUAGUGUGUUUGUUUUCUUUAAGGUUGUGUAUGUGAGUGAAGAAUCUUCAUCUGAAUUUAGAUUCUCUUGUAUUUAGUUAUAUACACAAUAAAUUAGACUUACCAUGCUUUUGUUUCUGUGA